GAUCACCAGAUGGAAUGUUGAUGCUUUGGCUUGCUUGUGGAAUUUGAGCUGUUCCUCGAGGUCCAGCAUCAGCAGCUAAUACUUGAAGAGACCAGUUUUCCUGCCUUUGAUCUUGUUGAGGGUCUCACCUGCUCUGUCAAAAUCAAUGGUCUCUUCGCCUGCUUGAUUCCUGUAUCGGUGGAUUCUACUGCUGUGUUCACGACCUGGUCAUGCCUUCAUGUGUACCUCCCCUCUUCAAGUGCUUUGGUGCAGCAACUUAAGCUUUCCCACUUGGAGCAAAGUAGACAGACCGGUACAUCUGCCUCACACCAGAAAUGGAUCUUUUAUGGGCUGGGAAUCAUGGAUCAUCUGAGUGAGGAAUUUGAUCAGGUUGGGCUCUGCCUUUCACAACUUAGUCCAGGUGCUGUUAAUUUAUUUGUGUCUCCUGAUUUGUCCUCACUGCAGGUGGCACCCAGAGAGAACAGAGGAGCAAACCAAGAUUUUUCUACUACUGGGGUGCAGAAGUUGGUUUCACCCUGAUCAGCAGUGGGAGAGGGUGUACAAGUAACAUUUCCUAAAUCUAAUUCCUGUUCCUCCCCAGGUUCUGCUUCAGGUUCUGCUACAGGUUCUGCUACAGGUUCUCCAACAGGUUCAGGUCUGGGAUCCAUCGGGACAAAGACUCGGUCCAACAGUUGUUCCAGCAGCUUAUUGGCAUGGUCUGGCUUUGUUUUGAUUUUCAGCACACAGGUGGGUUGUCCUCCUGAGACUUGAAGCUCUGUGAUGUUUGUGUUUUGUUUGUGUCGAAACAUCCAGCAAAGAAGUAUCACAGCUAUCAGGACCAUCAGCAGAACCACCAGGGAUGCACAGAAGAUGCCAAAGCUCACAUCCUGGGUCAUCAUUAUACAUUGUACAACUUGCAGUUAGCACGCUGUAUGUCUUGGGUUGUUGGGGACAUCCUUCAAACGAACAUCAAAGGACAGUGGCAAGCAACUUUAACUUGUAGCAGACUGGUUAAUUUCCUUUCAUGUCCUUAAUAUCUAGUCUUCUAACAAUGAAACAACCUGCUUAUUCAUUUAAGGUUGUUUUUGUGUCACUCGUUAUGCAUUAUUAAGUCAUGUAAUAGAUCAGUCAUCUUUUCAAGACUGAAUAUGAUCCACUUUGGUGUGAAACCACUUUUUGGAGGGGAAACGGUGAGAAGCAUCCAGAAGAAAAACCAAACAAAAGUGCCCCACUUGGAGGAUUACUUGCAACAGAGGGACUUCCUUGGGGCCCUGACACUGUUGGAGUUUCAGAGAAGUAUUGGAGAGAAUGUGAAGCAUGCCGACCUCUGGAUUGGCUACUGUGCCUUCCACUUAGGUGAUUUCAAAAGAGCUAUGGAGGAAUACCAGUCUCUGACCAGAGACCCUGAAUGUCCUGCCGAGGUGUGGGCCUAUUUAGCCUGUUCCCUCUUUUUUCUUGGGCUCUAUAAAGAGGCGGAGGAAGCUGCGUGUAAGGCUCCAGUGUCCCCCCUCCAAAACAGGCUCCUCCUCCACUUGGCUCACAAGUUUAACGCUGAGAAAAACCUGAUGGAAUUUCACAAGAACCUGAAGGAUACUAUAGAGGACAAUCUAAGCCUGGCAUCCAUUAACUACAUGCAUUCCCACUACAAUGAAGCUAUAGAUAUCUAUAGACAGCUUGCACUGCAGAAUGGAGAUUUCCCAGCCCUGAACAUGUACGUGGCUUUGUGCUACUACAGGCUGGGCUACUAUGAAAGGUCCCUGGAAGUCUUAAAUAUGUACUUGCAGAGCAUCCCUGACUCCACCAUUGCUAUUAACCUCAAGGCCUGCAACCACUUCAGGCUUGACAAAAGUAGGGCAGCAGAGGCUGAGUUGAAGAACCUGAUCAAUUCAUCCUCCUGCUCCUUUCAGUUUGCUAAGGAGCUUAUCCAACACAACCUGGUGGUGUUUUGUGGUGGGGCGGGGGCAUUGCAGAUGUUGCCACCAUUGAUCAAUGUGAUCCCCGAGGCCAGACUCAACCUGGUCAUCUACCAUCUCAGACAAGAUAAUUCCCAAGAAGCUUACAACCUCAUCAAAGAUUUGGUCCCCACCACACCUCAGGAGUACACUUUGAAGGGAGUGGUGAAUGUCACAUGGGGACGAGAAAUUGGAUCAAGGGAUCACUUGAAAAUCGCACAGCAGUUCUUUCAGCUGGUCGGAGGCUUGGUCACCGAAUGUGACACUGUUCCUGGCAGACAGUGCUUAGCAUCCUGCUUUUUCCUCUUGAGACAAUUUGAAGAUGUGCUCGUCUAUCUUAACUCAAUCAAGAGGUACCUUUAUUAUGAUGAUACCUUUAACUUUAACUAUGCACAGGCUAAAGCAGCCCUUGGCUACUACAAAGAAGCUGAGGUCAUUUUUCAGCUUGUUCAAAGUGACAAGAUCAAGAAUGACUACAUUUACCUCAGCUGGCUGGCACGAUGCUACAUCAUGAACCAGAAGGGCCAGCUUGCCUGGGAGCUUUACCUGAAGAUGCGCACCUCCUCUUAUUCCUUUAGUUUCCUGAAGCUCAUCGCCAGUGACUGCUACACGAUGGGCCAGUUCUACUAUGCAGCCAAGGCAUUUGAUGCACUUGAGAAGCUACAACCAGAAUCUAACUACUAUGAGGGAAAAAGAGGGGCUUGUGUUGGCGUCUUCCAGCUCAUCCUGGCAAAUAAGGAGCCUAAGGAGACACUAAAGGAGGUGGUCCACCUGCUGCAAAACUCUGGCAACCCACAGGUUGAAUACAUCAUCCGAACUUUGAGGAAGUGGGCCAAAGACAAUGGAGUCAUCCUCUCAUAAAGGUCGUCAUUAUUCACCGCACUAUAGGCCUACAUAAAGUCGUUAGACAACUCAAUGUUGUUUGACAGGUUGAAAUUAGUUUGUGGGCAAAGGCGUUGGUUGGGCUACAAACGCUCCUCUUUCUCCUCCUACUGGCCUGGACAUGAUCCAGCAUUGAUCCAUUUAAAAUUGGCAACUACAACAUAAAUAUAAGAAACUAAUAUUUUUUUUAUUAUUGCUAUUAUCAAAGGAAUUGCAUUUGCUGCUGGUGCAAAUACACCCUGACACAUUUGAGUAUUUUAUUACAAAUCAAAAAGAAAGCAACAUUUCUGUCAUGGGGCCUUAACCUUUUCAGCUGUAACUAA